CGGCAAGUCAUUGGUUCUUCAGGUGCUUUGGCGUUGCGACAGCUGAUGGUAGGGAUGUAUUCCAGACCGCAUCUUCCAUAUGCACCUUUUAUCUGGCGAUGAUAUGCUAUCCGGACGUGCAGAGAAAAGCACAGGAGGAAAUCGACACCGUAAUUGGCGGCGAGAGGCUUCCUGAGCUUGCAGAUCGCGAACGAUUGCCUUACGUUAACGCUGUUUGCCUGGAGGUCCUGCGAUGGCAGCCGGUCACCCCUCUCGGAGUGGCCCAUCGCCUCAUCCAGGACGACAUGCACGCUGGUUAUCACCUUCCCCGAGGCACCAUAAUUUACACCAAUGUCUGGAAAUGCUGCAUGAUCCUGAGACGUACAGCGACCCAGAUCAUUUUAUUCCAGAACGUUUCGUUGAAACACAGGGGAAAGAAGUGGAAUUGGAUCCUCGACAGAUCGCGUUUGGCUUUGGGAGACGAUGAGUGUCAGUGUAGGAACGCAGUUCGCGCAUCACCGGCUUGAACCUCACCACUUCGUUCAGGGAGGUACCUUGCUGACGCAACGCUCUUUCUGGCCUGCUCCAUGUCCUUGGCUGCCUUUAACAUCGCAAAACCUGUCAUAGAUGGCCAGGUGGUCGAGCCUACUAGCGAUUACUCCACUGGGACAAUUAGCCAUCCUAAUCCCUUCCAAUGCUCUAUCAAGGCGAGAUCG